GUGUGUGUCGGUAUAAAAGCUCCCUCUCUCACUCACACUCCCAUAUCUCCUGUGUAUUUUUUGGGGGGUGUGUGUUUUUUCAAAAGGCAAGAGGAGUGUGUGUGUGUUGGUGCCCUUGCAGUACAGAGGACGGAUAACUCCCCAGGAUGCAUCAGCUGCUUGUGGUGACCUCGGUGCUGGUGGCACUCUGCUCUCUAGGGAGUGUGGAUUCUUCGGCGUAUGACAAGAUAGUCACCCACAGCCGCAUACGGGCCAGGAAGGAAGGACCCAAUGUGUGCGCUCUGCAGCAGGUCUCUGGGACUAAAAAGAAGUACUUCAGCACAUGUAGGAACUGGUACAAAGGCUCCAUCUGUGGCAGGAAGACCAUGGUCCUAUAUGAAUGCUGUCCUGGGUACAUCAAGCUGGAGGGCAUGAGAGGAUGCCCUGCAGUGGCUCCAAUCGACCAUGUCUAUGGUACACUGGGGCUCGUAAAGGCCACAACCACACAGCAAUACGCUGACAUAUCCCAGCUGAGAGAGGAAAUUGAAGGCAAAGGCUCCUUCACCAUGUUUGCACCCAGCAAUGAAGCUUGGGAGAUGCUGGACCCAACUGUACGGUCCGCACUGAUAAGCAACGUGAACAUCGAGCUGUACAACGCUCUUCACUACCACAUGGUGAACCGUCGUCUUUUGACCAAAGACCUGAAGAACGAUAUGUCUCUCGUUUCCAUGUAUAAUGACCUGGGGCUCUACAUCAACCACUACUCAAAUGGGAUUGUGACAGUGAACUGUGCCAGGAUCAUCUAUGGUAAUCAGGUGGCCACAAAUGGUGUGGUGCAUGUCAUUGAUCGGGUCAUCAGCAGCGUGGGCAACAACAUCAAGGAAGUCCUGGAUGUCACAGAUGAGCUCUCCACCUUCAGAGGCGCUGCAUCGGCUGCUGGUAUGAUGGACAUGCUGGACCAGCCUGGCUCCUAUACUCUGUUUGCUCCCACUAAUGAAGCCUUUGACAGAUUGAGCCCGGGCUACCUGGAACGCAUCAUGGAAGACCAAGAUGUUAUCUCAGCCCUGGUGAAGUACCACCUGUUGAAGAGUGUCCAGUGUUCUGAAGCAAUCAUGGCAGGGUCGGUGUACGAGACCGCAGAGGGCAACACCAUAGAGAUCGGCUGUGAUGGCGACAGUUUGACGGUCAACGGAAUCAAGAUGGUGCUGAAGAAGGACAUUGUCACCAGCAAUGGCGUCAUCCACUACAUCGACCAGGUGCUCAUCCCUGACUCAGCCAAAGAAGGGAUUGAGCUAAUGGGAGAGUCUCAGAGCACCUUCGGCGACAUGGUGUCCGAACUGGGCUUAGCCGCUGCCUUGGGUCCGAAGAUAGAGUACACACUGCUUGCUCCUGUCAACACCGCCUUCACUGAUGAGCUGAAAACAACAGAGGAGAACCUGCUAAAAAUCAUUUUGCAAAACCACAUCUUGAAGCUGAAAGUGACACUGGGCGAGCUCUACAAUGGACAGCUGCUGGAAACACUGGCUGGCAAACUGCUCCGAGUCUUCAUUUAUCGCACUGCUGUUUGCAUAGAAAAUGCAUGUAUGCUGCGUGGCAGUAAAGAGGGAAGCAAAAGCGCCCUCCAUGUUAUGAGGUCUGUCAUCACACCCGCCAAGAAAACGAUGUAUGAGCUCCUGAUUGCUGACGGACGAUUCAAGAUUUUCCUGUCGCUGAUGGAGACAGCAGGUUUGACUGAUCUGCUGAAGCAGGAAGGCUCCUACACCAUCUUUGCACCAACUGACGACGCCUUUGAUGGUCUCAGUAAAGAAGACCUUGCCCUGCUCAAGAGUGAUCUGAAUGCUUUGAGGGUCAUUCUGCUGUACCACUUCAGUAACGGCAUCUUCAUCAAUGGAGGAUUAGAGGGAGGAGUCACUAAUCUGCUGAAAACCCUCCAGGGCAACAACCUGCAAGUUAUAGCUGUUAACAACUCUAUUCAUGUCAACUCUGUGAAUGUGCCAGACAGUGACCUGAUGGCAACAAAUGGUGUUGUCCAUGUGGUGAAGAAUGUUCUCUAUCCUGCGGACCUUCCUGUGGGCCGCGAGGACCUCCUGGUCCUCCUGAAGAAGCUGAUUAGGUACAUCCAGAUUAAGUUUGUUUCUGGAUUUUCUUAUACUGAGAUCCCACUUACCUUCAUCAAGAAGAUCAUCACCACUACACACACCACUACACAUUAUAUUGAAACAGACCCUGAAAUAACAAAGGUGACCAGAGUCAUCGAGGGGGAUCCUACCUUUACCACGGUUACAAAAGUCAUCGAGACAGAACCAAUUGUCACUAAGGUGGUCGUCAAGGGGGAGCCGGUAGUCACCAAGGUAACCAGGGUCAUCGAGGGAAAACCUACCAUUACCAAGGUUACAAGAGUUAUUGAAGGUGACCUUGGUGCAGAUGGACAGAAAGGUGGAGCCAGAUACACCACGGCGAACGAGCCUUAUAUCAUUCAGGGCCCAGACUUUUCUAAGAUCACCACCAUCCACGGCAACCCAAAUCUGAUCGACGAGGAAUCAGAGAGAAUUACCAAAAUCAUUAAAGAGGGAGGUAAAUUUGCUGCUGCCAGGAAAGCGCCAGCUGGCAUGAGGAGGAGAACAAGGCUGGUCAGGCAUCACCACAAGCCAAGGCAGUGAAUCCAACAGAGAGAAAACACCUUUGGGCUCACCGCAGAGACUGAAUGCAUCUCCAGAGCUCCUGGUCGAGCGCUGGAGGAUUGAAAAACUGUGGAUCAAUAGGGAGAGAUGAAACCAAUCUAGCUAUUUCUUUGCCCAAACCACCUGUAAGAAUGAUUGUUUACUAUUCCAUCUGGACCAUACUGUAUGUGAUAGGCAUGAUGUGUAAUAGCAAUGAAAUUAGAAUACCCUUUAUGUAAGUAAUGUAAGUGUGCAGGGGAACUAUGGACUUUUGCUGUGGGGUAGAUGGUGUGUAAGGUUAGAUUUAUUCUACCACCAAGAGAUGUUUUUAAAGGUUUGCUUUUUUAAUUAUGUCACUCUGUUAAUGGAUGGCUUGGGACGAUUUUUGUAUGCUUCAUAUGGUGCUCGCAUUCUAUACAAUGGAUGCAUUUUAAUGAAUACGACAAGUGAAAACAGUGUUUUGCUACCAUUAGAUGCUGUACUGAACCUCUGUAAAUUAUCACAUGGUGAUUAAAAUAUACAAAUAAUUUUUAUACAGUUUUCAGUAAUUCUUUCCAGCUUCCAUGACUGUUUUUACUCCACGAAAACAAAAUGUUUCAUGCUGUUGAAUGUGAGCCUGAUUGUGUAUGUCCUUGUACAACCAGGCUUCACAAUCAUGUUUGUUUUUACCUCAGAGAAAAAGUGGUAAAUAAAAUCUGCAUAGUGACUUCAGAA